AUGUCGAAGCGGAAGCAACAACGCAAGGCCAAGGCGGCAGGUCAAACCGCACCUGCGCGGACACCUGGUGAGUCGUCCGCAGCAGCUGAGAGUGCCACGUCAACGUGUAACGACCAAUCAAACAGUGCCACGCAGGCAACUGAGUUUCAAACUAGCGCCAGUGAUGCCGAUUCGUCGCAAGCAGCUUCGGCUGGUUGUAUUCCUGGAUCGGAAGUUUUGGCGAAUGAUGCGAUGGUGGGUGAGGAAGAGGACGAGUCGUUGGCUCGCGUUGCCACGUGUCAUCACCACAAGGGGUUAGAUCUGAAGAAGUUCACUCGCGAGCUGAAGAAGCGCCACGUGGAUGCGUGCGAUCCGUGCAGCCAGCACAGCCACCGAUUGGCUAGUAGCAAGAAGAAGGAGCACGCGACGCCUAUAACGGGUACGGCAGAUGAGUCGCUCUGGGUGUGCCUGGUGUGCGCGCGGGGGUUUUGCGGAGAUGCGAAAAUGGCGGAAGGGGAUGCGGAAACAGGGAAAGGUUAUGGCGGAAGGGAUGGGGAGGGCGCUGGCGCGCGGGAGAGCGGCUACGGGCACGCGCAGCAGCACUGGAGCCAGCUGAAGAGCCACGCGCUGAUGGCGCACGCGCAGUCCUUGCGCGUCUGGUGCUUCCGCUGCCACCGCUGCGUGCUGCUGCGCGCCGAUGGCGACGAGCGCGCGCAGGCGGAUGGCGUCGAGUGCGCGCAAACGGAAGAAACUCCGGUCGUGGAGGAGCCGGAGGGACAGGGGGAGGCGGGAGGGGGAGAGGUGCGGAGUGACACGUCAGCGAAUGCUGCGACCACCCAUGCGAGUGAAGGGGGGAGUGCUGCUGGGGAUAGUGUUGCUGAGGGGGGCGCGCCAUGGGCGCAAAGCCUCCCCUUGGACCAUCCGCUCCGCGAGUUCCUCCUGCUGUUGGCAGAGAGGCGCGCGGAAGUGGCGCGCGCUAAGGCGGCGGAGCAGAGCAAAGGGGGGCCGAAGGAGGGAGCGACGGAGACAGGGGAGGGGCGAGGGAAGGCGAAGGAGGGGCGGGGUGCGGUGGUUGCUGCGAAAGGGAGAGAGAAGAAGAGCGGAACGGGGAAAGGUGGGGGGGCAGCAAACGAGGGAGAGAAGGAGGAGGCGGAGGAGGGGGAGGGUGGAGAUGGGGAAGGGGAGGGGGAGGUUGAGAGGCAAGCGGGCGCGGGGGUCGAGGGGCCGGUGCGCGGGCUGAGCAAUCUGGGCAACACGUGCUUCUUCAACUCCGUCCUUCAGAACCUCGUCGCCAUCCCCGCGCUCCGAGACCACUUCCUCGCCAAUCCGGAGCUGCCACGUGUCGAGGCACCUGCUCUGGCGGACACGGGGACAGAGAGGCGGGGCGAUGGCGGAGGGGGCAAUGAAGGUGCGGACGCGGAUGGGGGGGAUAAGGAGGGGUUAGAGGGGAAGGUUGGCGGGGGACGGAAGGGGGGAGGAGUGAAGGUGGGGGGGACGAAGAGGAGAUUCAAGGGGCCCAUUGGAAUGGCCCUGAGGCGUGUUUUUGAAGACUUGAACCCGGGCCUCGUGCCUGCUGCUGAUUCUGAUGCCGCUGGUGCCGUUGAUGCAGCUGCCCCAGGCAGCCGAUCAGAAGAAAGCAUCUGCAGUCCGCGCGGCCACGUGGCAAAGGGCAAGGUGCUCCACUCGCGCAGAUCAACAGCCCGCGCGGGGGGGGGAGGAAAGCGGGGCGCGGGGGGGAAGCAUGGCAAGGGGGGCGGGGGAAAGCGGGCGCAGCAGCAUGAGGCGGAGGGCAGGGGGGGGAAAGCGCCGCCUUACAAUCCGCGAGAGCUGUUUGGUGCGGUGUGCAGGCAGGCGCCACGGUUCAGAGGGUACGAGCAGCAGGACAGUCACGAGCUGCUGCGCUGCCUGCUGCAGCUGCUGCAGGAGGAGGAGGACGGCACUGCUGCUGCCGCCGCUGCUGCUGCCCGCAAGAAGAAACGUCUAGCUGCAUCCGCUGCUCCCCCGCCCCCUCCCCCGCUUCCUCCCCCGCCCCCGCCUCGUGCUGAUGCCUCCCCUCGCGCACCUCCCCCUCCUCCCACCCCGCCUCCGCCCCCGCCCCCUCCUCCCCCCUCCGCCCCGCCGCCUCCCCCUCCUCCCUCAUCCGCCCCGCCGCCUCCCCCUCCGCCCCCAUCCCUCCCUGCAGCGAACGCUGCAGGAGGGGCAGGGAGGAAAAAGGACGGGGGGAAGGCGGAGAGACUGGGCGGUUUGGGAGCAAUGGGGGACUUGAGUGCGGGGCUGGGGCAGGCGAUAGCGCGGCUGAGGCGCGUGGAGGGGGGCGCUGCCGCGGAGGAGGUGCAGCGACUGAGGGAGGAGCGGGGGGAGGAGGGCGGAGACGGCAUGGGGCUGGGAUGGCUGGAGGGGGACGGGAGCGCGGAGGAGGCGGGCGGUGGGGGAGCGGGGUGGGAGGAAGAAGAGCGGGGCGAGGAGGAAAGCGAGGAGGAGGACGAGGAUGGGGCGGAGGCAGGGCAGGAUGGGGAGGGGGGACGCGGAGGGGGAGGGGGAGAGAAUGUGAAGAGGUUGAGUGUGGUGGAGAGGCUGUUUGGCGGGGUGUUGAGCAGCACGGUGGUGUGCUGCGAGUGCGGGCACUCGUCCACUGUGAGCGAGCCCUUCCUCGACCUCUCCCUCCCCAUCCCCGUUGCCGCCCCCCCGCCCUCCCCCCGCGCGCACGUGGCAGUGCAGAGCAGCAGGAAGGGGCACGUGGGGUUGAAGGGCGCGGGGCUGGGCGAGUGGACGGCCGUAGAGAAGAGAGAUGGGAAAAAGGGACGGGGUGACCAAGGGGGGGCGGCAGAGGGCGGGGAGGCGAAGGUAGAGGGGAAGGGGGAGGAGAGAAGGGAGGGAAGGGCGGCGGAGGGGGUGAAAGGGAAUGUGGGUGAUGGGGAGGCGAGUGAAGGACGCACAGAGACUGGCGCAGGCAGUGAUGGUGGUGUGACAGGUGGUGGUGUGGAAGAGGAACAACAGGGAGCAGCAGUGGAAGGGGGAGAAGUGCAUGCAGGCGAGGCGCGUGCAGAGGGAGAGGCGCCCGCAGGGGAUGGUGGCGAGACCAGCAGCAGUGGCGCUGGUGUGAACGGAAAGGCUGCUGAGGGGAGGGGUGCUGAAGGGAGUGCAGUUGAUGGUCGGGCUGCUGAGGAGACAGGGGGUGAGGGGAGAGGUGCUAGUUGUGAGGGCAGGGAGGAGCAGAGGGUGAGAGAAGAGGGGGGGAACAGGGAUGGGAGUGCGAGGCAGGCUGACAACAGCACAGUCACCGGCGCCUGCAGUGGGGUUGAACCCUCCAGCAGAGAGGCCGGCAGUGGCAGCAGCUGUAGCAGCAGCGUCAGUGCCAUGGGCAGCAGCAGUAUGGGUGGCAGUGUGGCAAGCAGCAGCAGUGCAGCGGGCGCACAGAAGGGUGGCGUUGUGAGCGUGAGCACGGAGAAAGGGAAGGGGCGGAGGGUGGGCUUUCUGUCAGAUCAGCCGCAGCCGCAGCCGCAGCAAAAGCUGCCGCAGCAGCAACAACAGAAGCAGCAGCAGGCAGCGGCGCGCAUGUCAGUGGAGGGGUGUCUGUGUGAGUUCAGCGCCGAGGAGGUGCUGCGCGGGGACGAUGCUUGGGGCUGUGAUGGGUGCACCGCCAUCAGACGGAGAGAAGCGAGGCGCAGACGGAGGGAGGAGAGGCGAGGAAGGAGAGGGAAGGGCGGAGAAGGUAGUGGUGUGGUGGAUGCUGAAGGGGCGGCGGGAGAAGGGGCAGAGGGUGUGGGGAAGUCGUCCCUUGCACGCCCUCCCUUGCACACCCUCCCUUGCACGCCCUCCCUUGCACACCCUCCCUUGCACGCCCUCCCUUGCACACCCUCCCUUGCACGCCCUCCCUUGCACGCCCUCCCUUGCACGCCCUCCCUUGCACGCCCUCCCUUGCACGCCCUCCCUUGCACGCCCUCCCUUGCACGCCCUCCCUUGCACGCCCUCCCUUGCACGCCCUCCCUUGCACGCCCUCCCUUGCACGCCCUCCCUUGCACGCCCUCCCUUGCACGCCCUCCCUUGCACGCCCUCCCUUAUAUGCCCUUUCUUAGUCAGUCCCACCGGUACCGGCUAUGUGGGGUGGUGGAGCACAGUGGCACGAUGCGGGGCGGGCAUUAUGUGGCUUUUGUGCGGCGCGGCUGGCAGCAGCAGCAGCAAGGGGCUGGAGCGGAUGUGCAAAGCAGUGGGGAUUCAGAGGUGGGUGCAUGCAGCGGAGCUGAGCUGGUGCACACAGGUGGGGCAGAGGGUGACGGGGUCACAGGGCAGAUCAAUGGAGUUGUUGCACAGGGCAAUGGAGUGCUGGGAAAGGUGUGUUUGGAGCAGGCAGGGGAGAGUGGGGGAUGGGAGGGUGGGCAGUGGUGGUACAUCAGUGACACGCACGCCCAGGCAACGACCCUGGAGCGGGUGCUGCGCUGCGAAGCCUAUCUGCUAUUCUACCACCGCAUUGGAAGCUAG